UUCAGAUCUUAUCAUGCCGAUGGUGCUCGUCACCAUGAUUACCAAGACGGACCCCGACGAACAAGCAUCCCAUACUCCGUCGGACGCCGUCCACCGUUAUCAGCCCUGCGUGGUUGUUCUCGGGCAAGCAGCGAAGAAGGCUCUGUGUGAGAGAACACCGUUUAUCAAAAUCCAAUAAAAGCAGAGGAAGAAGAAAACAAUACGGGAUUGGUGUCAGAAUGCCAGAGGUUAGGAUCAUUGCGAAGAACUUUAUGGACAUGGUAGCUUCAAUGCCAGCCAUGAAGCUGGAUAAGCUCUAUGAAAAUGGGUUCAUCUGUGAAGCUAUUCUCAGGUCUCUACCACCUCUGGCCAGGAAAUAUAUCUUGCAGAUGCUAUAUAUUGAUGCUCAGGUGACAGCUAAAUCAAUGGAGGAGUGGGUGCUUCCGGAUGGAACUUCAAAACAUAGAGUAGCCAUAGAUAGAUUGGUUCAACUGAGGGUUUUUAUUGAAACUGUUGAUAGGAAGAGUGAAAAGAGUUACAAACUCAAUCCAACAUUUCAGAGAAGUCUCCAGAUUCUGUUAAUAAAUGGUGGAACUUUGCCACGGGAACCAAUGCCUUCUAAUAUAACUGUGAGGCUCCCAAGCUUAGAAGAUCUCGAGGCUUAUGCUCUAGAACAAUGGGAGUGUUUCUUGUUGCAACUUAUAAGCCAAAAUCAGGCUGAGAGGCCUUCCAACAUCGGCUCUUCUUUAAUGAAAGUUUUCCAGCGGCAUCUUAUGAAACAAAGAGACAAAGAAGGUCCGAGAUUAACUGCUAGUGGAUUUCAGUUUUUGCUUAUGGAUACAAAUGCACAGCUUUGGUACGUCAUCAGAGAAUAUAUCUCUAAUUCUGAGGCACGAGGUGUUGAUGCUGCUGAAUUGAUCUCAUUUUUGCUGGAGCUUAGUUUUCAUGUGAUAGGAGAGGCAUAUAAUAUAAACACGCUGACUGAUUUCCAGAGGAACACGAUUAAGGACCUUGCAGAUAUUGGAUUAGUCAAACUACAACAGGGCAGGAAAGAAAGUUGGUUUAUACCUACUAAAUUGGCUACCAAUCUUUCAGUGAGCUUGGCUGAUUCAUCAUCUAGAAAGCAGGGCUUUAUGGUGGUGGAAACCAAUUUCCGGGUUUAUGCUUACACAACUUCAAAAUUGCACUGUGAAAUAUUACGGCUUUUCUCAAGUGUAGAGUAUCAGCUUCCAAAUCUUAUUGUUGGAGCCAUUACAAAAGAAAGCUUGUAUAAUGCUUUUGAAAAUGGCAUUACAGCAGAGCAGAUAAUCAGUUUUCUUCAGCAGAAUGCUCAUCCUCGAGUUGCAGAGAGAAUACCAGCCGUACCAGAAAAUGUUACGGAUCAGAUGAGGCUUUGGGAAUCUGAUCUGAACAGAGUUGAGAUGACUGAAGCAUAUUACUAUGAUGAGUUCCCUUCCAGGGAUGUAUUUGAAGGUGCUUGUGACUGUGCCCGAGAAUGGAAUGGUUUGUUGUGGGAAGAUUCAAAGAAGAUGCACAUGGUUGUCAAGACUGAGGUACAUCCUUAUGUCCGUGAUUAUUUACGCCGUCAAAAGUAGCCGGCAAUGCGGAGGCGAAGCAGCAGUGUGCAGAGCAACAUGUGGAAAAUAGUACCUCUUUUUUGUGGCAGAAGGGGUUGUUUUGUAAUAAUCAGACUUGUUUGCUGCAGUUUAUCCUGGUAUUGGAUUUUCUGAUUUGGUCAAGAUUAAUGUCUCCAUCCAAUGAAUGAGGUUGAUUUGAUAGCAUUUAGGAGAUCAACUGAGUCAGUUUCACGAGAUGUUGGCUUGAUGUUGCCGGGAAUAGUGAAUCAAAAAGUUGAUUUCAGUGUUAAUUUAAGUAAAAUUACAAA